AUGGCUCAUGAUGGUGAUAUUGAUCCGUCGCGGCGAAUUGACGAAGAGUUGUGGGCCUAUACGUCCGCGGAGAUAAAUCGGUUGGUGCAAGAGCACUUGCACCAACCGGAGCAGCCGGCGGUCCCCCACCCCAUCCAUCAUCGAGUUGUAGUCCCCCGGGACCACCAAAGGUUGUUUGACGACUACUUCGCUGAGGAGCCGUGGAUUGGGGAGUCCUUUUUAUGGCGGCGUUUUAGGAUGCAACGACCGCUAUUUCUGCGUAUCGUGUCAGCUUUAGAGGCUCGGUACAAAUAUUUCCGGUUCAGGGAGGAUGCGAGUGGUAGACUCGGUCACUCGCCGAUACAGAAGUGCACCGCCGCAAUCAGGCAGUUGGCUUACGGAGGCGCGAUCGACAUGUUAGACGAAUACCUUCACAUAGGCGAGACGACUGUCCGCUAG